AGUCACAGUCGGUUUCAUCCGCGCGCUCAUGCAACUGAGACGUGAAAUACGGAAAUGGUUGUCGCGUGUCAGUAAAAACAAAACGCGUGUCGCAAAGGAUACGUGCGUUCUAACGCCAUUUCCUUUUAAGGUUUUUAUUUUUAUUGUUAUUUUUUCCACCUCCGCGGAUUAAUAACGGACCCCGCAGUGACACUGAGGAAAGCGGGAUGCUCAGGUGUCGGCGCCGGGAAACAAACUUUCUGGCUAAGUGUUAAACACGCGCGAGACGGUGAAAGAGCGCGUGGAGUCACUGGACUCGGACCUGACAGAGACUUCCGGUGAAUCUGACAGGAAUCUUGGCGGGAAAAAAAAAAGAAAAAAAAAAGCGCGAAAGACCCAAGUUUCAGUCAGAGCUGAAUGAAGUUUUAUCAUUCUGUCAAGAUGGCUGGUUUCACCAAAUCUGCAUCUCUAUGACUUAAAAAAAAAACAACAAAAAACUUAAAAGCCUUAAAAUGUUAUACAUUUUUAAAAGUAGAAUUUGACUGGGAUUUGUAGUGAAUUCAUAUUUUAUGCUGUUACAGAACUGGAAAGAAGUCCAAGCCUGCUCGGAUAUCAGUGAAGAAGUUAAACGGAUGCCAUGUAGACGACAGGACCGGUUUAAUAAUUCCUCUUCCUGGUAAGAAUGAAGAGUAUAUUUGACCGUUUGGUUUUGAACGUGUGUUAGACGAGAGUACCGGAUUAAACGUGUUCUUCGAGCGGACGUAUGGAAAACGCCACGCUUCUGGGAUUGACUUCGGGAUGACACGUGAAAACCCCAAGAGACCCGAGGGCACGUGCGAGAUCCUAAGUUAAAUCCGUUCUGAAAAACGCGACCCAGAUCUUCAGUCUCGGGAACGGGAGUUCCGUCCGGAUACUAGCGCCGUUAAAAAAAAAAAUAAUUAAAAAAAAAAAGGUCCCCACUUUUUCCUUCAAGGAAUAACAAUCCGUGUGCACAAUAUCGGUCUGACUGACUCCAUGAAGAAAAUGCUCCAUCUUGCUCUAAAUGACGCUUGGAUCUUCUCAACUGAAGCUGAAGGUUGGUUAACGUCACGUGCGCUCGAACAGGUGCGCUGCCGCCCAACUUUCUCCUCGCGUUCAAAGAAUUUCACACACCGUUUCAUGCAAUUUCCAUCGCCUUUGUUACCGCGUCACUUCUCAGCUGCAAACAGGAUAUGGCGCCUUGCAGGUUUAUUUUACGCAUGAGCUGAAAUUUUGUUGCUUUAUCCUCUUCAUAAUUUCCAUAAAAGCACAUUCAUCUAAUGCUACUCAAGAGGAAAGUAAAUCAGGUGUCAAAGUUAAUCAGAAUAAAGUUACAGCCUCCAUACAGCAUUCCCGGUGUUGAAUUUAACGACUACAGAGCUUCAUUCUAUUGCUGUAAGAUUUAUUUCAGUACUAGAGGUAAUAAUAAUUCAGCACAGGGUAUUUUUCAUGUGUCUAAGUGCGUAAACGUUAUGCAGAGAAUUAUUAAAGUAAAUUUACCUCAGGACUCAGAGUAGUGCAUACAGAUCAUUUUACCAGCUGAUUUUAUAUCAGUUGUUCAUGUUAUUUUCCCCAGUAAAAUUAGCCUUUCUUGGUUUAAGGCUAAGCUGCGUGUGUAUGCGUCUGCUCAGAGCGACCCGUACGUUGGCGCUAUGCUCUAGCGCCAAUAUGAGAGUCUUUGUGGCGCGUUGAGCUUCUCCGUGCCAGUCCACAUGCAGGCCAAGAAGCGCUACGUGCUAGCAUUGGCGGCAGCUUGCGCCAUGCUGCUCGCCUACAUCUGCACUCUACACACCACCGAGCUCCAGACGCACGGUGACGAGCCGCAUUUUCACGCCCUUCUUCAGCAUGCUGAGCAGCCAUACCUGUUUCUGGAGGAAGUGGAACCAGAAGAGUACGGACCGCUGGUGCUGCUGCGCCGCGAGAUCCAGAACAACAUGUACAAGAGCCGCCGCUGUCGCAUGGACACAUGCUUUGACUUCGGUCGGUGUCAGGGUGCCUUCCGUGUCUACGUGUACCCGCCAGGCACAAGCGCGGUCACGGGAAUUUCCGAGAAUUACCGGAAAGUUCUGGCGGCCAUCGAGGACUCACGGUUCUACACGAGCGAUCCAAGUGAGGCGUGCCUUUUCGUGCUCAGCGUGGACACGCUGGACCGGGACAGGCUUUCACCACAAUAUGUGCAGGAUGUUAGAACUCAGAUCCAGAACCUUCCACUGUGGAAUGAUGGCAGGAACCACCUGAUCUUUAACCUGUACUCUGGGACGUGGCCCGACUAUGCUGAGGAUUUGGGUUUUGAUGUAGGCCAGGCCAUGUUGGCCAAGGCCAGCGUCGACGUGCAGAACUUCAGGCCCAAUUUUGACGUGUCCAUACCUCUUUUUUCCAAAGACCACCCCCAGAAAGGUGGGGAGAAAGGUUAUUUGACAUCCAACAAUGUCCCGCCUGCACGGAAAUACCUUCUAGUGUUCAAAGGGAAGAGGUAUCUUACAGGAAUUGGUUCAGAAACCAGGAACGCUUUGUAUCACAUACAUAACAGGGAAGAUAUGAUUUUGCUGACCACCUGCAAGCACGGGAAAGACUGGGAGAAGCACAAAGACGCCAGGUGUGACCAGGACAAUGAAGAAUACUCAAAAUUUGAUUACCAGGAGCUGCUACACAAUUCAACUUUCUGCCUGGUGCCUCGUGGCCGGAGACUCGGGUCUUUCCGUUUUCUCGAAGCCCUGCAGGCGGCGUGCAUCCCUGUAUUACUGAGUAACGGAUGGGAGCUGCCUUUCUCUGAGGUCAUCGACUGGAGUAAAGCCGCUAUCAUUGGAGAUGAGAGAUUAUUACUGCAGAUUCCCUCCAUCACCAGGUCUGUCGAUGCAGAGCGAAUCUUGGCUCUGAGACAGCAGACACAGUUCCUGUGGGACUCCUACUUCUCCUCCGUGGAUAAAAUUGUCUUAACCACAUUAGAGAUCAUCCAGGACAGGAUAUACACCUACACCUCAAGAAGCAUGCUGAUGUGGAACUCUCUCCCCGGUGGACUCUACACACUUCCUCGGUUCUCCUCGUAUCCCACCCUUUUCCCCUUUUACUAUGGACUCCUGGGUAAGACUCCGCAGCAGGAGUUCACAGCUGUUAUUCAGGCAGUAGCUCCUCUUCAGUCUCCUCAGCAGCCCAUCCUCAAACUCAUCAUCGCUGUUGCCAAGUCCAAGUUCUGUGCUCAGAUCAUCGUGCUGUGGAACUGUGACAAACCUUCACCUCCUAGAAGCAAAUGGCCGUCCAUCAGCGUCCCUCUGACCGUCAUUGAAGAAGAGAGAAAGACGAUGAGCGGGCGUUUUUUCCCUCAUGAUGUCAUCAGGACGGAUGCCGUGCUCAGCCUGGACGAGGACUCGGUUCUGUCCACGAAUGAGGUGGAUUUCGCUUUCAUCGUGUGGCACAGUUUUCCUGAACGGAUAGUCGGAUAUCCGGGACGCAGCCAUUACUGGGACGCCACCAAGGGGAGGUGGGGCUACACGUCUAAGUGGACCAAUGAGUACUCGAUGGUGCUGACGGGCGCCGCCUUCUACCACAGGUACUAUCACUUCCUGUACACUCACUACCUGCCCAGUCGACUCCUCUCCAUGGUGGACCAGCUCGCCAACUGUGAAGACAUUCUCAUGAACUUCCUCGUCUCCACGGUAACCAAGCUGCCGCCAAUCAAAGUCACGCAGAAGAAACAGUACAAGGAGACGAUGAUGCAACAGGGUUCGAAGUCAUCACGUUGGGCCGACCCAGACCACUUCGCUCAGCGGCAGUCCUGCAUGAACUCCUUCGCCGCAUGGUUCGGCUUCAUGCCCCUCGUUCACUCUCAGCUCCGUCUGGAUCCGGUUCUGUUUAAAGACCAGGUCUCCAUCUUACGCAAGAAAUACAGGGACAUCGAGAGACUGUAAAGACGCAUGACUCGGCCUCGGAGCCCUCAUAUCGACGCGAACGUCUCGAAUUUAUGGGCACUUUUUUUUUUUAUGAGUGAUGUGCUGAUUGGCCUGGAAUAGAUUGGCCUCACAAAUAUAAUGUCUGCAGAGUCAUUUCAUUUAAAAUAUAUGCAACUCCGAGUUUUAUCUUGUUUAGCGGCUCUGGUCGGGUAUCUGAGAAUCCGGCACCGCCGACUUUUCAUCCUCAUCAUCGUCGUCAUUUGCAGAGACCUCUGUUGCUCCUCGGACACGAUCAGAGGAAGGAAAGAUGGCCUGAAGUCGAGGUCACGGGGAAGACGCCCAAACUCACACCAAUGCCUGCAAUAUGUACAUUCAGUUCCUUUAUUUUUUGUACGAUUUUGCCUUUUUUUUAAAGAAGCCUAAAGUCGAAUAAAAUCUCUGAAUGCCACAGAAGGGAUUGCUGAUUAAAUGUGUCUUGGCUCUUGUCUCUGAGGUUAUAAAC